AUGUUGUCGCUCACCCGUGUUGGCUUGCCAAAGCAGUUCUUGAGACCUUCCAUGGUCCGUGGCAUCAAGACCAUUCCUCAACCUCCUGGUCACAUUGUUGGCACCGUCAACGACGCAUAUGUGCCUCCUAAGGCUGACAAGAAGCACGGCUCCUACCACUGGACCUCCGAGAAGGUGGUCACCAUUGGUAUGUUGCCCUUGAUCGCCACCUCGUUUGCUUCCACUCCAGGUGUCAUGGUUGACACUGCCAUGUCUGCAUUCAUCUUGUACCACUCGUACACGGGAUUCCAGUCUUGUAUCAUCGACUACAUUCCAAAGAGAGUGUACGGUCCUUACCACAACUUCGCCAUGUACUUGUUGACUUUCGGCACUGGUGUUGCAGGCUACGGUAUCUACUCCAUGGAGCAGAAGGAGGAAGGCGGAUUGGCUCGUAUCCUCUCCAAGAUUUGGAACGCCUAG